GCAGAAGCUGCCUUUUAGUGACAUAUUUGGAUUAGAGCAUGGAGUCUGAAACAAAAAAGUAUAUAGAAAUCAUGGAAACGGAGGAGGAGUUGGGCAUUGGAGAGACUAGCGAUAUGGAUGCCACAUUAAAUAAGGGUGCUCGCAAGAAUUUGUUUGAUGAUCUAGCCCCAACCCCCAUGAAGGCCAACUCUAGUACAAAUGUUGAUCCCGGAAGUGAACACAUGAGGGUUUUCCUCCGUAUUAGACCAUUUACUCAAGAGGAACAGGAAAACAAUGAAAAUCAGGGCUGUAUGGAACUUGAGAAUAUCAACAACCUGGUCAUGCAUGCACCAAAGGAGUCUGUUACCUUCAAGAACAGCACACAUGGCUGUGGAAAAAUGACUCACAAGUUCACAUUUUCCAAGAUCUUCUCAGAGGGAACGGAACAGAAACAGUUCUUUGAUGAGACCAUGCUUGGCACUGUGAAAGACUUUAUUGAUGGGCAGAACUGCCUUGUUUUUACCUAUGGAGUUACAAACUCUGGAAAGACUUACACUAUUCAAGGUAACCCUAAAGAUGGCGGAAUCCUUCCCAGGGCCUUGGACGUGCUGUUCAACAGUAUAGACGGCCAGCAGUGGGAGAGCAUGAGUCUGAAACCAAGGAUGUUCACUGACGUCGUCAAGCUCUCAGAUAAACAAGUAGAACUAGAAAAGAAAAACAAGGAGAAUGUCAUGAGCCUUGCCACUCCAGAGGAGCCCGACGUGACCAGUCUCCUUGGAGAUGACCUAAGUGACAUGUCCAGAAUAAGCUGCAGCACGCGGACCUCUGCAGAGUCCCUGGCUCCAAGCCUAGAUUCCACAUCCACCGCCACAAGCCAGGAUGAGAGUCAAGAAAGCAAUCCAGUAGAGUCAGCUAUUGAGACUGAAGAUGAAGACAAGGAGAACCUGGAAAAGCUGUUUGAGGAGGCAGAGAACCGCGUUCGUGAGGAGGCGGCGAUAAGUGUGGAAGGUCAAGGUCAGGUUAAGUUCUCUGUGUGGGUCAGCUUUGCUGAGGUCUACAACGAGUACAUCUACGACUUACUGGAACCUCUCCCGAAGAAGAAAAAUGCUAGGCGGCCUACUCUCAAACUUAGUGAGGACAAGAAUGGCAGCCCAUAUAUUAGAGGUUUGAAGUCUGUUCAGGUGACCAGUGCUGAUGAAGCUUACCGGGUACUGACCAUUGGGAAGAAGAACCUACAGGUGGCUUGCACAAAGCUCAACCACAGCUCAAGUAGAAGCCAUUGUAUUUUCACAAUCAAGGUGCUGCGUGUAGUUGCCAAAGAUGAUCCCCAUGUAGCUAGAAUCAGCAUGUUGUCUUUCUGCGAUUUGGCCGGAUCCGAGCGCUACACCAAGACUCACAAUACAGGAGAGAGACUGAAGGAAGCUGGGAACAUCAACACCUCCCUCCUCACGCUGGGGAGAUGUAUUGCUGCACUUAAACAUAAUCAGUUCCACAAAGAACAUCCGAAGAUUAUUCCCUUUCGUGAGAGCAAACUCACCCGACUGUUCCAGAACUUCUUCUGUGGCAAAGGGAAGGCUGCCAUGAUAGUGAACGUGAACCAGUGUGCCUCCCUGUUUGAUGAAACUCUUCACGUCUUGAAGUUCUCAGCUAUAGCAAAACAGGUGGUUGUGAUACAGAAACCCCCAGAGGAAGAGAAGAAGAAGACGAGGAAUGCAGCUCGUUUGGUUUCCAUGGCCUUGGCUCAGACGCCCAGAUCCUCUGCUGUCAGGCCCUCCAUCAGCUGGGCCACUCCUGGCACAAUGUUGGAGGCCAUGAACCUGCCUAUUCCAGAGGAUGAUGAGGACGGCCUGUUUGAGGAGUCUGAGACAGACAGGGAACAGGAGCUGCUAGACAUCAUCCAGUCCCUGAAGAAGGACCUGCUGUCUGAGAAGCGCAAGAUGGCCCAGAUGGAGGCUCAGAUACGGGAGGAGGUGUGUCAGGAGAUGGCGCAACAGUUGGUACAGAUUGAGAACCAGUACAGCGAAAGACUACGAGAAGAGACCAUCUUGGUGGAGGAGAAGGCAGAGAAGAGGAUCGAGAUGUUCACGCAGUCUGUGAAGAAGACCAGGAAAAGGGCGCGGGUGGACAGGUUUGAAGACGAGGAGGAUGAGUGGGUUUCCAGCCAGGUGCUACAUGCAGCUCAGAUUAAGAAUCAGGAUCUGGAGAAGCAGCUCCAUGAGUUGCAGACCAAGCUGGGCAGUCUCCAGGCUGACUUGAGGGCCAGCAGGGAGGACAUGAGGCUGAUGACCACCGAGAAGAACAACCUGAUGGCAGAAAACACCAAAUUGCAGUUUGAAGUGGCCAGCUUCAAGAGCAAGCAGUCGGAAAAUGUCCAAAGUGAACAAGAGGCCUGCGAAAAGUUACAAAAGGAAAAGGCCUGUUUGGAAGUUGAACUGGCGAAAGCCAAGGAGGAUUUGGAUGAGGUUAAGAGGAAAAUCACACAAGCUCAGGUGGAACAUAAGAGGUCUAAUUCAGGAGACAUUGAAACUAAUGAGCUAAUGGAGAAUCUUGGAAGGGAACUCCAGCACUCCAAAGAACAGUUGGCACAGAAGAGUAAAGAGGCCGAGGAGCUGAAUGAGAUGCUGACAGAGGCGGGAGAGACGUUCCAGCAGAAGGAGGAAGAGAUCGGCAAGCUGAAGGAGGCGUUAUCACAGGAGGUGGAGAAGAUUGAACAGCAGGCAUUGACCAUUGAAGAACUGAACAAGGUUCUUGAAGAGACCCGAGAGGCUGUGGAGACUGCCAACACUAAGCUGGAUGCCCGAGACAAGACAAUCCAAGAGCUUCAGUCUCAGCUAGAGACUACAUCAGAGAAUGAAAACAAACAGGAAGUUACAGUUGGCAUGCUAACCUCCAAAGUGGCAGCUCUAGAGGAGUCUGUCGGUCAGACAAACUCGGAGCUUCAACAGAAACAGGUCCAGAUCACUAAGCUAGAGGAGAGCAUUGAAGAGUAUAAGAAAUCCCUCAGUGAUCACGAGUCCUUUGUCUCUGAACUAAAUCAGCUGCUUAGAGAUGCAAAGAUAGAGUUGGACCAAAAGAAAAGCCAGCUGGAGAGCCAGGAAUCUGCAAUGAUACAGAAAGUUGAAGCCCUGGAGAAGCAGGCAGCAGAGCAACGGCAGACCCAUGAGGCUGCAGUCUCUGCCAUGGAGGAGAAGCUGAAGCAAGUGCAAUCUGAGCUGGAGGGUGCAAAGUCUGGUCUGCAGAAGUCUCAGGAUGUGUCUGUGCUGUGCCAGAGCCAGGCCUCUGAACUGACAGCCUCCUGUGAGAGGGUAGCCGCCUUGGAGACCCAGGUGAGGGAACUGAAAUCUGACCUGGAGUCUGAGCAGGAGAAGUAUGCCAAUGCCGCCGAUAAUGUCACCAUCUUCCAGUACAGGAUUCAGGAGCUGGAGGAAAUGUUGGCACAAGACAAGAAGAAGGGUGAAGACUCCAAGAAAGAAGAGUGUAAGGAGAAGGAUGUACUAGAACAGAAAUGCAGCGAGCUGGAGAAGCAGAAACGAGAAUUGGAUGAAAAAUUAGUUGAGAAAGAAGCACUUAUUGCCAGUCUACAGCAGAAAGUGAUGGAAAAUGAAACUGCAAUGGGAAAAGAGCAACUACAGCAGCAGUCGUUGAAAGAUUCCCAAGGUAGCCAGCAUGCUGAAAUUGAUCGUCUUUCACAGGAAUGCAUUGAAAAGAACAAUGAAAUCAACAAACUGAAGGGUGAGAUAGAUAUCUUGAAAUCAGACCUGAGAACAGAAGUGCAAACUAAAGAUGAAGUUCUGAAUCGCUUGCAGAUGGUUGAAGAAGAAAGUAAGGCUCUGGCAAACAAAAACAAACUAUUAUCUGAUGAAGUUGCUGCAAUGUCGACUUCAAACCAACAGCAGGAAGCUAAAAUCAAACAGCUUGAGAAAGAGCUUGUUGCAUUCAAAGACAGCAAUGGUCACUGCGCCAAGCAGAAGGAGAGAGAAGUGACAUCAUUAAAGUGCAAAUAUGAUGACGUUCUGAAAGAGCAAGAAAAAGAAAGAAAAGAGAUAAUAGACUUGCAACUGCAGAUUGAAAAACUUCAAGGGGUGCAGGAAAAAGAAAGAAAGGUCCACUGUGAGACAUCUGAGAAAUUGUGCCAUCUUGAAAAAGAAAUUGAAAGGUAUGAAAAACUGUACGAAGAAGCACAGACCAAAAUUGCAGGUUUGAAAAUGUCUUUAGAUAUUGCCACCGAGAAUGAAGACGUCACUGAGGAAAGAACUGCCGAGAUAAAAACACUCAAGUCUCAGCUGGCAGAAAGGGAAAAGGAACUGAAGGCAUCGCGGGAGCAGCUGGAGAGCAAGACUGCGGGCCUAAGUUCUCAGAUCGAGGACCUGGAGGGAGAUCUGGAGGCGUCCAAGGCCAGUGUGAGGCACCACGUGGAGAAGGAGCAGGACAUGCAGAGGAAGCUGGAAGAGCUGACUGAGGGCCACAGGGCCAAGGUCCAGGCGCUGGACGCCUUGGCUUCCAGACUCCAGGACACGGAGAGGGAGACAGAGACGCUGAGGCAAAGGGCGAAAGAACUGCAGGGAGAACUGGAUGCUAAAUCCAGAGACUGCUCGGCAGCUGAAGAGAAAGUUUCUGAGUUGAGGAAGAGUGUGGAGGAUUUGCAGAAAAGUAACGAAGAAUGGCGACUGACAAAAUCUUCAAAUGCUCAACUUCAGAAAGAGCAUGCCAUGGUGGAAGAGAGGUUAAAAGAGGUGCAGUCAAAUUUGGAUGUUGUGCGGCAGUCUGCAGCUCAACUUGAGACAGAGUUGAAAACAAAAACUGAAGAGCAGAAUGAAAGUAAAGAAAAGUUGGAGGAAGUUAUGUCAGAAUUAAAAACAAAAACUUCAGAGCUGAAUGAGAAUAAGAUGAAAUUAGAGGAAGCUAUGUCAGAGUUAAAAACAAAAAAUGCAGAGCUAAGUGAGACUAAGGAAAAAUUGGACAAAGUUACAUCAGAAAAGGAAGAAAAUGAUAAAACACUCCAACAGUUUAAGGCAAGUUCAUCAGAACUUGAGGGUAAUUUGCUGAAAGAGAUUGAACGACUUGAGAAAGAGAAAAAUGAAAAUGCAGAUAAACUUUUCAAAGCAAAUAAACUAUAUGAUUUAAUGAAAUCUGAAAUGGCAGACAUUUCACAGAAGUGUGAAAAGACAUUACAAGAAAAAACUAAAUUGGAGGAGGAGUUGCAGUCAGCCCUGGAGUCCAGAAUCUCCUCAGAAAAUGAAGAACUCAGAAACAAAGAAAGUGCCAUACAGGAACUGAAUAACCAACUCGCAAAACUGGAACGUGAUUUACAAGAAAACGAAACCAAGUUACAGAACUCUGAAACAAAAGUGGCCACUUUGAGAGACACUCUGACCGCGCUCAGACAAGAAAAUGUCAGAUUGAAGGAUGACUCUGAAGAAGAAAGCGACCACGUCUCCAACCUGAACGCUGAAGUUGCCAGACUUAAGCAGGAGGUGGAGGAGAAGACUGCAAAGAUAGAGGGACUGGAGCAGAAGUACCAGGAUGAACUCAGUAGCAGAGAGGACUCUGUGCAAAAAUACCAGAAGCAAAUUGACCUGCUCAAAAAUGAGACGGCCAUAUUACAUGACCAGGUAAAGGUAGCCACUGAACACGAGACGGCAGCCAAGCAGAACUUGGAGACGCUCCAACAGGAACUGCAGGCUAAGAAAGAGUCCACCACUCAGCUGAGGGAGGACUAUUCUAAACUGGAGGAGUCAAAGAAGAAGGUUGAUGAGCUGCUGGAAGACCUGAAGAAGUGCCAGGAGAGAGAGGCUACCCUGCGGAGUCAGCUCCAGGAGGCAUCACGCUCUAUGGAAGAGCAGAAUUGCAAGUACAACCUGCUGGAGGACCAGCUCCUUAGCGCCAACCAGAGCCUGCUGGAGUACGAGAGGAAACAACAGGAGAAUUCAGCUGCUUGUGCUAGGCUAGAGAAGGAGUCAGCCAGCCAGCAGAAAAUCCUGAAGGAACACGCGAAAGCCCUGUCUGCCAAGGGCAAGGAAGUUGAAGAGUUGCAGCAAGAGCUGAGAAACAGAGACCAGAAAAUUGAGAACAAGAACAAAACUAUCUCCGAGCUCUGGACCAAGAUUGAGACUGAGCGGAACAGCUUUGAAUUGGCUCUUAAAGAUGCCAAAUCAAAUGAAAUGCUUAUAGAGACUCUGAAGGAGGCCCUUGCAGAACAGGAGAGCGUAAUGGAGCAACAAGACAAGGUGCUGAACAGUAGGGAAAAACAGAUAGGGGACCUCUCUCAAGAACUAGAAGAGCUCAGGGAAAGGCACUCUGAGCUGCAGUCCAGUAAACGUACCUCCAGCAAGGAGUCUGACAACUGGCAGCAGCUGUACCGGGACCUGGAGACAGAGAAGAAGACACUGGACGAGAUCAAGACGGGCCUGAUGAAGCAGGUGGAAGGCCAUGCCAGCAAGCUGACCAAGAUGGAGACUGAGAAGACCAGGAUGGACAGAGUACUCAAGGAGAACGAGCAGGAGCUGAGAGAAAUGGAGAAACUGCUUUCAGACACCCGUCAGCAGUUGGAGACCCUGAAGUUUGACCAGGAGAAAGUUGUUCAGCAAGCAGUGGACAAAGCCACCUCAGAGGCCAAGCAGUCCGUUCAGGAGAACCUGGAGAAGACGAAGCAGAAGGCGAAUGAUGCCAGCAAGGAGGUCCGGCAACUCAGUAUGCAGGUCAAGAUUAAGGAGGAUGCCAUCAGCGAAAUGCAAAGGGAACUUGAUAAACUGCACAAGGAACUGGCUUCUGCAGAAGAGAAGAAGCAGGCUGAACUCAAGGAGUUCAGAGAAAAGCGUGACCAGCUUGCCAAACAGCUAGGGCAGAUGAUUAAGGACAAAGAUGCAGAAAUUAAGAGCCUCAAGGAAAAUGGUGGCAAUGAAGGAGAGGUCAAGUACUCAACAGUGAGAGAUUUAGAAAACCAAGUAAAAGACAAGGAUUUGACAAUAUCCAAGCUGUUAGACCAGCUGAACCAGCAGGGGGUGUCUGCAGCACUGGGUGCUGGCUCCAAUAACCGCAGGUCCAAGAGAGGAGAGAAGUCUAGAGCAGAACAGGACCACCACCACCACCAUCACCGCACAGCCAGGGAGGUGAAAAACCUGCAGGAGGAGUUGGAGAGGGAGAGGGAAAGGAGUAGUGACGUCAGUAAGACCCUCGAUAAGGUCUAUCUGUCUAAAGAUGAAAUUGUUGGGGAUCUUCUUGAAGCAAACAAACAAUUACAAAACCACAUCAAAAUUCUUGAGGAGCAGGUUGUUAGGACCAGGUCUGUGUCUGUGUCUGUCAGCGAGGACGACGUGUUGGUGGAGGACUCCUUCACAUCGACACACCUGGAGAUAGAUGCAACACCUGAGGUGGCGAAGACGAGGCGGACCACACGCGCGACACGUGGCAAAAAGAGGAAGAGUGUAGAGACUGCUGAGACAACUCCCCCAAAGACAAGGAGGGCCACCAGAGGAAGUAGGACCAGGUCAAAAGUGGAGAAGAUCAAAGAGGAAGAAAAUCAAGAGAAUCAGUCAUAUAGCACAGACAAGGAGCAGGACCAGUUCCAGAGGUCAGAAGACAGAGCCAGUAAGAGACAUGGCCUGUCAAAACUGGGCAAUAUUCUUACCAACUCUCCCAUAGGAAAGUCAGCAAAAAAAAUCUGGGACAGCAUGACCUCACCAGUGAAGUCUCCGUCAUCGACUUCCUCCCCUCCACCACCACCUACGACAGAGAAGAAGAAAAGGAAACUGUUCAAGACUGACAUAUCGGCUCCAUUUGAUUGUGCUCCUAACAUGAUAAUUACUUCCACAGAAGACACAUCAUGUAAGAAAGACAGUUCCCAUGACAUUGUUAAGAGAAGACUGAGAUCGAGAAGGAAUUAAUUCAUUAAUGUGAAUUGAUUUUUGUUAAGUGUUCAUGUUUAUGGUUUAUCUGCAACAAAAGAAUUUAUAUGUUCAUAAUAGAUUAUAUAUACAUAUGAUAUGAAACAUAGCUGCAAAAAACAUUUUUAAAUGCUUUUAGUUAUGAAGUUGACAUAAACUGAAAUAACUUGAGAGUACAUUUUCCUAUGUGAAAAUUGCUGUAUGAAGUUAUUCUGACAUGUGGAGUAGACUCUGCCAUACACUAUCUCUAUUCAGUGAGGAUUUCAGAGUGAUAAAUCAAGUUACCCUGGGUAUGAUACACAAGGGUGCAAAUUCAAGUAGAAAUGAAAAUUUGUCUAUGCAGUCUUCACUGUUUUAAGUCAUUUUGCUCUGUGAAGCUUCUAUUGUCACUGUCAUUUUCUCUACAUCAUGUCAUCUUUUAGACAAUUGCUCUAUGUUACCGUUUCCCAUUAACCUGCCACAGGUACCAACCCCCAUUAAUAUUACAGAAUAUUACUUUGUGGUGCUUCUGUUUGAGUUUUGGGGCAGAUAUUGAAUUGGAAUGCUAUGCUGAUUUGUAUGAUUUUGACUGGGGUUGUGUUUGUGAAGAAUGAAUGAAAACUCGGAUCGUGUACUAUCAAUUUUCUGUUUCUCAUGCCAAGUAAACUGAAUGUGUAAUAGUUAUGUUACUUGUCUAAUGAUGUAGAUAGGGAGACAAGCUUCUGUAUAUAUAAACGUGGUCUUAUAGAUAGCUACAUGUAAAUAAGAAAGAUACUCCUAUAGUCUUUCUAUAUGAUAUUAUAUUCAAAUAAAUAUUCAUCUUA